AUGUUUUCCUCAAUUCUCAGUUCGCUAUCAUUUUUAUAUAACCCUUCAACAUCAAAACAAAAACCCACUUCAUCAGACCAAAAAUCCAUUUCAUCAGAACAAAACCCUACUUCGUCAGAAAAACCUAUCCUAUCAGAACAAAUAUCCGUCUCCUCUCUCGCUUCAAAGAAUUUUUUCGGGAUCAAUUCUACCUCUGUAAAGUCGCGCAAAAUAUUUAAUAAUUAUAUCGCUUUUGGUGAUUCCUUCUCUG